UGUGUAACUGUGGCAGCGUUGUUUCUCUUGUACUGUACUGUACAUAUGUUUCUUUCCUAGCACAGACUCGCUCCCUUUUCUUUUUAAUUUUCUCCAACUAUCAAAUCAACGGAUAGGUUUUGAUUUGGGCGAUGCGGCGCGGCAGAGCGGCGGCGAUUCACGGCGGCGAACUCAACGGGUCUGGUGUUUCUAGUAAGGAUGUGAGAUUCCGUGGCGUGAGGAAGAGACCAUGGGGCCGAUUCGCGGCUGAGAUCAGGGACCCGUUGAAGAAGACUCGCGUGUGGCUCGGCACCUUUGACUCGGCCGAGGACGCCGCCCGCGCCUACGACGCCGCCGCUCGCUCCCUCCGCGGCUCCAAGGCCAAAACGAACUUCCCCCUCCCCCCCAAUUUCAAUCUCCAAAACCCUAAUUUUGAUCCUAACCUUGCCGAUCCGCUCAUAAUUGAGCACCAGAGACUGAGACCAACCUCUAGCGGCAUGAGCAGCACCGUUGAGUCCUUCAGCGGGCCCCGCCAGCUGCCUCUCCGGCCGCCGAGGAGGUAUCCGCGUAUGGCUCCAGAUGAUUGUCGCAGCGAUUGUGAUUCUUCCUCCUCCGUGGUUGAUGACAUCGCGUCUUCCUCUUGUAAAAACCCUCUGCCUUUUGAUCUUAACAUGCCGCCGCCUCUCGACGCCGUUGAUUCCGAUUUCGAAGAGCUAGCUUGCACGGCGCUCCGCCUCUGACGAGCUUUUGAAACCAUUUGGUUAAAUUACCGAUAUUUUCUUCUUUUUUUUCGUUUGGGGCAUCUUUGCCCCAUUUUUCUUUUUCUUUUUUACUAGCGAAAAAAACCAAAAAAAAGGAGAGAUGAGAAUGCUCAUUGAUAAAGAUGGAUGACUGUUUGAAGAGAAUUCAGUUUAUAAACUCUAAUGUGAUCGAUACAAGGAUGUUCUGAUGUACAAGGUCGUGUUUGUUGUUGUUGUGUUUGUGAUGUUAUUUGAGAUGAUAGUGAACUUUGUUGCCAUAUCACCUCUUAA